UACAAAAUUCACAGUAGCCGAUUCAUUUCUACAAAAAAAUGUCUAAUCGGGACCAUGUCACAUAAUGGGUUUACGUUUUUGAAGGACAGAUUUAUGUUCGCAAAACUGUAAUUGUAAAGCUGAACUGAUUAACGAUAACAUAUCUACAGAUAUAAUGCUAGAUGUAAAUGGCUUAGUUAAAAAUGCAAACAACUCAUCAACUGAGAACUCAGUGUCGUAUUGGCAAUAUGUUUCAGGACAGUUGCCACUACUCUCGCUGGAAGCACAACAGGUUGGUCCGUCCACGCAGCAGCUCACUCAGCACGUAACAGAUGCGAAACAAGUCAAUUAUACACAAACACACCUACAGGCUGAACCGCCCCCACCAUUUUACUCUAGCUUUAAUAUAUCCGACGAUCUUUUCGACUACUUCAACGGCUUCCUGGGCACCACAGAACAACAACAAAGCCAUUUAUCCACAAGCACGGAAAUCACGACUACUACAUACAAUGUGACCACAACUCGAGAGCCCGAUCUAUCACAUUUUCUUGAAGCGCUGCCGAAUGACCGCGUGAGUUUGCUCUCCUUUCUCUUUCUAUUUUCGUUUGCCACGGUAUUUGGCAACUCCCUCGUCAUAUUGGCUGUCGUGAGAGAGCGUUAUUUGCACACAGCUACGAAUUAUUUCAUAACCAGCUUAGCAGUAGCUGAUUGUUUGGUCGGGCUGGUGGUAAUGCCGUUCUCCGCACUUUACGAAGUACUGGAGAAUACUUGGUUUUUUGGAACUGACUGGUGUGAUAUAUGGCGUUCGCUUGAUGUACUCUUUUCGACUGCUUCGAUAUUGAAUUUAUGUGUUAUCUCAUUGGAUCGAUACUGGGCUAUUACCGAUCCAUUUUCGUAUCCUAUGCGUAUGACGGUUAAACGUGCGGCUGCGCUUAUUUGUGCGGUGUGGGUAUGUUCAAGUGCCAUAAGUUUUCCAGCAAUUGUUUGGUGGCGUGCAGCACGUGAUGGCGAAAUGCCUGCCUAUAAGUGUACAUUCACUGAACAUCUCGGCUAUUUAGUAUUCUCAUCAACCAUAUCAUUCUAUCUGCCUUUGCUCGUAAUGGUUUUUACCUAUUGUCGCAUUUACCGUGCCGCAGUCAUACAGACACGUUCGCUCAAAAUUGGCACGAAACAAGUGUUGAUGGCCUCCGGUGAACUUCAGCUCACAUUACGCAUACAUCGUGGUGGUACAACACGAGAACCGUCAAAUCAGCAAUCUAUGCAUUGUGGUGGUUCCCUAGGUGGCGGUGGUUCGCAGCAUCAUACACACUCACACCAUCAUCCACAUCAUAAUCACAGUGCGACAGGGACUACUACCUCAACUCCAGAGGAAAAUGAUGAGGAACCAUUAUCCGCAUUGCAUAAUAACGGCUUAGCGAGACAUCGUCACAUGGGUAAAAAUUUCUCAUUAUCUCGUAAAUUAGCGAAGUUCGCAAAAGAAAAGAAAGCAGCUAAGACACUUGGUAUUGUUAUGGGCGUGUUUAUUGUGUGUUGGUUACCAUUCUUUGUUUUUAAUUUACUAUCUGGGUUCUGUAUGCAAUGCAUUGAGCACGAGGAAGUUGUGUCAGCGAUUGUUACAUGGUUGGGGUGGAUAAAUUCUUGUAUGAAUCCAGUAAUUUACGCAUGCUGGAGCAGAGAUUUUAGGCGAGCAUUUGUGCGUUUGCUUUGCGUGUGUUGUCCUCGGAAAAUACGUCGAAAAUACCAGCCCACCAUGCGCUCCAAGUCUCAGAGAUUCGCCACACGAAGAUGCUACUCCACCUGUUCGCUACACGGCAUACAACACGUCAGACACAACUCCUGCGAACAAACUUACAUUUAGUGUUAGUUCCAAAACUCAUACCACACAGAAUCAAUCCAACAACUUUUCAUCGUUGUUCUCCAGCUUCUCGUUCUACGGCGGUUGGUGUUGGGCAUUGGGUGCUGACAUGAUGAAUUUUUAGGUGAGAUGAUUCCAACUCAAAGGAGGAACUCAUUAGCCGAAGGGAAUUAUUUCUAUGUUAGAGCAUGCAACAUCCUUAUAACAGGAAUUUAAUGAAAGCAACGUAUUAAGCGCUGUUUAAGCCAUUUCCUUUUUCAUUGCAUUUUUAUCAAGUCCUUGCACAUUGCGGCAGCGCUUCCGUCGAUAUGAAAUUGAUUUAGUUACCAGUGCAGGAGAGCACGUACGUUUUACAGCAAUGCUAUAAAUCAGUGGUUGCAACAAGUGAACUC